AUGGUCCUGGGCACCCACAUUGUGCUGAGCAUUCUUGAGUUGUUCCGGUAUCAUACCAGAGUCCUUUACAUUGAUAUUGAUGUUCAUCAUGGCGAUGGGGCAGAAGAAGCGUUCACAGAUCGGGUCAUGACGGCCAGUUUCCACAAAUAUGGCGAGUAUUUUCCAGGAACUGGUGAAUUGCGGGACAUAGGAAUAGGCAAAGGAGGAUAUUACUUUCCCAACUUCCCAUUGCGCGAUGGAUUCUCAGACGAAAACUAUAAAUUGGUGUUCGAACCUGUGAUUUGUGAGGUCAUGGAAUUGUAUGACCCAUCGGCUAUUGUUCUUCAAUUUGGAACGGACUCAUUGUCGGCAAACUCGGCUGCCUAA